CACAAUGUGGCGUGUGUGUCUCGGUCCGACGCGCGUGCGUUGCUCCUGAAGCGCGAUGCCUUCUCAACCGAGGAUGUCGAGAACUGGCAAGCACAUCGAUCUGCACUCGACCGCCUCGCAGCGCGAGGGGAGUCAGACGUACCGUAUUGGCGGGAGGGAGCGCGGAUCGGCGAAUGGCAG